AUGGCUGCUUGCUGCCCAGCCCUCAAGCCUUUGGUGGGAAGGUGGCGUCCAGGGCUCAUGGCGAAGUUGACGCAACGAAGCGGUAACUAUCGCCCUCAGGUGAAUAGAGCGAGCGGGACAAUCCACACAACGGGUAUUGAUGACCCUUCAAAAUUAGAAAAUGGAGGCUCGACACUUGCAGCGUCUGGUUCUGAGCCCCCGACAACCCCUCGACCUUCCGGGAAACUCCGGAAGCUAUCGAUAUUUAUACCAGGAGGCAGACUUAAUGAGUUUGGUAUGGCACCUCAAAUGCCUCCCGGUGAAAGGUCUAAAUGGAGGAAAAUAUUUGGAUUUUUUCAACGGAAAAGGAGCAUUGCGGGGGAGGAAGUUAAUACAACGGCAGGUUCGGGUACAGGGGCGAGUGGUCCAAAUAUUGGCUUUUGGCGUAACAAAGAUUGGAGCAUGGACAUGACCAAUAACGAUUAUUGCGUGAAUGCAAGGCACACACAUCAAAUUCCUCAGCAAAGUUCAAGGAAAUCACGGCAAGAUUCUGUUGGGAACUCCGAUAUACCACCGUGA